AGCUGACAGAGCUGUGCGCCGUGGUCGAACGCCGCUGAACGCUCUGGUCGCUUUGCUGCCCGCUGGCUGCUGUAAUGCUGCGGCUGCUGCUCCCGCUGGCCGGCCUGGCGGAGCUCCUCCGUGCGGCGGCUUCAUUGACCCAAGGCAUCCCUUCAUAACCACAUUAUUGCCUGCUGGAGACUCCUACAGAACGGACAGGAACGGACAGGAAGCAAAGAUGAUCUCCUUCAAGCAACUGCCCCUUGAAGCAAAGGCUGCAGUGGCUGCAGGAGUGGUUUUCUUCUCCAUGAUGUUAUCACGGAGUUAUCUGGCAGAACAACUGGAGCUCAGGAUGCGGCAUUGGCUUUUGAGGCUGCAGAUGGCACUGUUUGCUAACACGCUGAUGUUGAUAGGAUCUCUUCAUGUUUGGAAAAGCACUGUCACCAUGUUUUCCAGGUCUUCAGCUGCCAGCUCCUUCUUUUUCAUGCUAUGGAAAAUAGCUGUGUUCACGUUUCUAGCUUUGGCUCACUCAAGUUUCUUUACAUUGCUAUUUCUUGUUGCAGAAGAGCCCUACUUCUUUUCUUUAGCUGCCUACACUUGCCUGGGGGCCUAUAUUAUUCUCAUCUUCUUCCUCUUCGCUCUGGGCUCAGUAGAACAGGCUUACAAGUUCUUUGCUGGGAGAGGCGUUAAGGCAAACAGCAGUGGUAAGAGCAGCAGAACAGCAAUGAAGCCGGUUUUGGCAGUCAUGAUGACUGCUGUACUGACUGUCAUUGGGCUGCUAAAUGCUUCCCAGCCUCCUACUGUGAAUAGAGUGGAGAUUCCAGUUCACAAGCUGCCCUCAACAAUGAACAACUUAAAAGUGGUCUUGCUUUCAGAUAUCCAUCUGGGGCCUACGGUUGGGAAGACCAAGCUUGCCAUGAUCGUGCGAAUGGUUAAGGCUUUGAAACCAGAUAUCACAGUCAUUGUUGGGGACCUGACUGACUCCGAGGCACAGAUCAUACGGCCUGCUGUUGAGCCUCUUGGAGAGCUUAAUUCUCCUCUGGGAACAUACUUUGUCACGGGAAACCAUGAAUACUACACAUCGGAUGUUAGCAACUGGUUUGAGCUGUUAAAGUCUUUUAACAUUCAGCCACUCCAUAAUGAGAAUGUGAAGAUUGUUUCACCGGAGAGCACUGAUGACUGGUUCUGCCUGGCUGGUGUUGAUGAUAUUGAGGCAGAUGUAUUGCGCUACUCAGGGCAUGGCAUGGAUUUAAAAAAAGCUCUCAGAGGUUGUAGCAGUGAGCGUGCAAUAGUGCUGCUAGCUCAUCAGCCAAUGGCUGCAAAGUGGGCCCUUCAAGAGAGACCAGAAAUAAAUUUAAUUCUCUCUGGUCAUACUCAUGGAGGGCAGAUGUUCCCACUAAAUGCUGGGGCUUAUUUUCUGAAUCCCUUCUUUGUUGGCUUGUACAAAGUUGGGCAGAACACCUUUGUCUAUGUCAGUCCGGGGACGAUGUACUUUGGAAUACCCAUGAGAUUGGGCAGCAGAGCUGAAAUAACAGAGAUAAUUCUACGUGCUCCUUGAGGAGUUGCCCAUUUUACAGAUUUUUGCCAUCAGUACAUUGGCUUUUUUGUUCUGAAAGAAAAUGCUUUUUCAGGAAAGCAAUAGAAAUGUAUUAGGAUGGACUUAAGCAGAUUCUGUUAAGUCUGAGGAGAAAACACUAUAUAUUUGGCCUAUGAAACAAAUCAGAGGGUGUGUAAAAGUACUCAAGAAAUUCGUUCUUUGAGUUCAUUAUUACUGACAUUCUGCAUUUAAAGACAACACAGUCACAGAGGUGAUGCAUGUUCUGUGCAUGUUUACUGUGCGUCCUACAGCUGCUUCACGAUUCUCUGUUGAUUAUGCGUUAAGCAGUUGCCUUAUCAAAUCUCAGACUGGUGAAAUUCUGAUCUCUUGCAGUGAAAUCACGCAUGCAUGUUUUGCAGAAGGGCCAUAGAAUGUCCUCUGAAUAUCUAAAUUCCAGAAGUCUUAUGCUAAAAAAAGUUAUGGGAAAGGAACAAUUUUAUUUUUAUUUGCUUGUCUUUAUCCCACGUUGUCUGUAGCAUGCUGUGGGUCUACCAGUGCACUGCUCACCAGUGCAGGGAGGUGCCAACGUUAUUUCCCUGAAAUUCAGGUUUUCUUCCACUUAAGAAGUUGAGGGAAACUGAUAUUUAAGAUGAAAGCAGCUGUCUUUCUGCAGACGUUUUCCCUGGAAUAAUUGGGCAUCUCAUGAUUACCUUCUGAAAGCAGCUGUAAUAAAAGCAAAUGAAAAAUAAUCUCUUAAUUGGCAUCAUUUCUGUUGCUAUCUGAGCAUUCACUACUUCCUGUUGUAAAGCACAAAGUCAAAAGCUGAGGUAUUCAGUCUCUUUUUUCCUCCUCAUUCUGUAUUUUUGUUUGUUUGUUUGUUUAUUCUUAAUUUAUCUUCUGUGAUUUUUCUUCUAUGAGAGUAAGGGAAAGCUAUUUGAAAAAUACACAGAUAAGAUUCAACGAGUUAAAGCUUGAACUUUGCGUAAGGUUUUAAUAUUUCAAGUAAGUGGUGUCUUUAAAAAGACUAAAGGCUGCUGCAGGUCAUUUCUUUGAUAAUAUUUGCAUAUCAGUGGCCUGGUUCUCUGAUAGGCACGUAGCAGAAUAACCAACUGCUACAGGAUAACGAGGAAUUUUCUCUCCAUCUUUCCUAGAUGAGCUUAACACAAACUAAAAUCACUCUGGGGAAUAUGAGAGAUCAGAAAAUCUUAAUACAAACAUUCUUGUUUUCAUAGCUCGUACAAGAAAGGUAGGAUGCAAAUGAGUGCGAGUAUAUUGCGGCUGACGAACCGGUUUUCUUCUGUACAACCUCUUCUCCUCCCUUUCCUCUUUGGUGUAGCUCUGUGAAACACCACAAGCAGCAGUGACUGUGGCAUCUCAGGCUGUAGUCACAGGGGCUCGCUCUGCUCUCUGUGUGCCGUGGGUCAAAAGUGUUCAUUGCUCAGGAUGGCAGAACCACUGUGGUUUUCAGCGUUUUCCUGUCUUCCUGUGUGGUCCUGAGCCAGGCACACUUCUGCUUUUCUCUUCAGCAGUUGUUUUCAUGUUGUGGGAGGUGUGUCUGAGGUAUAUUUGAAGACUGUCACAGGCUUUGUAAACAUGAGAAGUUCUGUAUGUGAAAUUUUGAAGUCUCACUUCAUCCAUCCCCUUGAGCCCUCCAAGACGGAGCUGCUAACUACUGAGCUGUUUUUGUGUCCCCCUCUUCUCUAUGAAGGUUUUGCAUUUUUACUCACAAGAAUGUUGGGAAACACUGUUAAGGGCACACUAGCAAAUGUAUUGUGCACUGGAAGCUUGAUGGAAAGACUGGGGAAGUCAGUCCUCUUUUAGUCUGAAAGCAGAAUGCCCAACCUGCCAGGCUCUUCUGCUUGUUGGACCUGAUCAUUCUGUUUCCCAGCACCUAUAACUUUGUAGUUUUUUUCUUAACACAACAAUGUCUGUUUUAAGUUUUCAGAAGCUCUCACAUGUAUUUAAUACCUCCCCCAGCCCAUACUCUGUUCUUUCAGGAUUCUUAUCAGUGACAUAGUGUAAAAUGGUCUUAAGUAGAGAGAAUCUUGAUAGCCUAUAAUACUCUGUCUGCUCAUCUAAAUGCAUUCAUUUGAAAGUUGCACUCUGGAUUCAGUAAUGUAGGACGUUCCCUCCAGGCCAGCAGUCCUGGUGUUCAGAUUUUCACUUAAGAGUUAUUGUGUUAAGAAGACUAAUUGCUAGUUUCCUUAUCAGGGGGCUUUUGUAGGACUGUCUUUAGGUGCUGUUAUUCUCCCAAUGAGUUGCUAGUCUGAUUUUUAUUUUGUUUUCCCUGCUUUUUAUUUCUCUCCUCGUUCUGUCCAAAUGCAUGCAGAAACCUGUCUGCACUAGUCCUGCUGUCACCAAGGUGCACAGAUAACUUCUGUGUGUGUGUGUGUGUGUGUGUGUGCUCCUCUAUGUAUCCUCUUGGGAGCAGAUAUGGUCAUAUUAUCAUUUCAUAAACGUAUUGAGUUCUGUCAGUAUAAUUUAGUUCUUAUCUGGUUUUCGUUAAUUGCUUCUGAAAGUUUGGUUGCUUGAUUGUAAGUACCAUUUAAAACGUUUAUUUCUGUGCCAAAAACACUUCAAAGCCUACUCCUAUUCUUUUUGUCUUUUUUUUUUUUUAAUUGUUAUUUUCAUUGCAUAUGGGAAGUAUCCUAGAUCAAUCUUCUUUUUGACAGCAUGAGGAAUUAACUCAAAAAUCUCUCAAAGACAGAAAUCCCUAAUUGUCCUUCAAGGAUUUCUUUUGCACGUUCUAAUUUGACUUGGGUAUGUGUGAUUUAGACCUGUGUUCAGUAUUUCUGAUGGGAAAAAAAACAACAACCCAAAUCUUUGCUGCUCACUUUGUAUUUUUUAAAUUCUUUUGUAAUUUUUUUUUUUGUGUGUGUGGAAUGUAUUGAUUUGUAGAACAUAACUAAAUGAAUAUAUGUUUCAUCCUACAAAAGGCCAGUUCAUUUGGGGCAUUGAAUGGGGGUAGAGUUGAUCACUGCCGGAAUAAUACCAGCAUAAUAUUUAUUAUGGUAUUUGAUCAGUGGAGAGUGGAUUUGGAAAUAUGUAAAUUGUUGUAUAACAAAUGCUUUAAAUGUUGGAAUUUAAUAAAACUUUAUUUACUUAGCAAGAAGAA